CGCCACUUGACGCCAGUUCAGGGUAGAUGAUCAGCCUGUCCGUGUCAGGGGCUGGGUUUCUCUUUUAUGCAAGAAGAGGAAAAAAAAUAGCUUGAGUUUCUAGCAUGACGGGACAAAGACACUGAGUGACCACUGAUAAAUAAUGUUUUUUAAAAAAAGCUUUUAGAACCAUGGCCAUAAGGGAGCUCAAAGUUUGCCUUUUAGGGGACACUGGAGUUGGGAAAUCCAGCAUUGUGUGCCGAUUUGUUCAGGAUCAUUUUGACCACAACAUAAGUCCCACAAUAGGAGCAUCAUUCCUGACCAAAACAGUGCCAUGUGGAAAUGAACUGCACAAAUUUCUGAUCUGGGAUACAGCCGGACAGGAACGGUUUCACUCAUUAGCUCCAAUGUACUACAGAGGAUCGGCUGCUGCGGUCAUCGUCUAUGACAUUACGAAACUGGACUCUUUCCAGACACUGAAGAAAUGGGUGAAGGAGCUGAAAGAACAUGGCCCGGAGGACAUUGUUGUAGCCAUAGCAGGAAACAAGAAUGACUUAGGAGACAUCAGGGAAGUUCCUAUGAAGGAAGCUAAGGAGUUUGCUGAAUCAAUUGCAGCUAUUUUCAUCGAGACGAGCGCCAGAAAUGCUGUCAAUGUUGAGGAGCUCUUUCAGAAAAUCAGUAAACAGAUUCCACCGCUGGAAAACCCUGAGGUGGACUCCAACGAGUCCUUCAAACUCACCAGGCAGCCUGCUCCGUCCACCAGGAGGUGCUGCUAGUACCAGCAGUGGCUGAUAAGAUUACUUCCUUCAAGCCCAUGGACUCCACCAGCACGGCACACAGUCCACACUGCACACAGUGUCUUACUCCUGAGCAAGACAAGACAGUGGACAGACAAGAGGUCAGCUUGCACGUGUGGCCACCUGCAACCUGAAACACCUGCCAGCAGCAUUUUAUGUGUCAGUGCACAUUUAUUUCAUUUAAUUGCAGCAGUUUUGACUCUGACGAGGCCAGGAAGCAGAAAGCCUUCAGUUUGGCCCCCUCAGGUGGUGUUUUACCUGAAUUACAUUAUGAUUUCCGUCUGCUACAUAGAUCAUUCAAAGGAGGCAGUUGUAUCCCAUUUUCCACAGUAACGUCAACACAAAUUGAUAAGUGAUUUAGCUGAUGUGAUUUUUUUUUGUUAUUUUUUUUAAUUUUUUUUUUGGCUGCUGUUGUUGCAUCAGCAGUUUUGGCUGCUGAUGCAACAACAUUUCAAUUUCAAGAGUCAACUGCUGUGUGGAUUUUCAUUGCACUGUGGCUCUUAAAUUGCACACAUUAAAAUAAGUUUUUUGGUUUUUUUUUUUUACAUUUUAUCAAGGCUACACUUUUAUGUCCAUGAGAGUAACGACUCUUGUAUAGAAUUUAAUUAGAAGAUUUGAAUAAGAGGCCGUUGAGAUCAAACCUUUGAUAACCAUUUAGGCCUGUAAGUCAAGCACAGCAGCUUUACCUUGUAUUUCAUCAUGUGUUUUUACACAUGUUUGCUGUAUAAGGGUUUAACUGUAAUGCUGCUGACUGAACAGCUUAGAGGCCUAAAUCAUAAUUACAGUACGACACCCCCUGUUGAAACACUGUGACCAAUACUAGGAUUGUUUACAUAGUGAUUUGUUAAAGAUGUUUUCUACGUGCUGAAAUGUAUUGUCUGAGAUUUCACUACAGGGAAUGACUUUAUAUGACAGCCAAACAUGAGGUUUCCAUCCAUUUUUAUGCCUGAACAUGGGUACAUUCAUACCGUUAAGAGGAGAAAGGACUUGCAUGUAUUUUACUCUAAAUAUGUCUAAAGCCGUUAAAGGAGUUGUGUUCUAUAUAGUAACCGAACGUAUGGGAACCCAGUCCUAAACCAAUCAGUUGUAGCUGGCAAAAAACCUGGAAAAAAGGGUAACUUGAAAAUGUUUCUUAGCCCAGUUGUGUAGACUAUAUUAUGCAUAUUGUUUGCUGAUGUUUCUUUGGCAGUAGUGCUCUUGGAAUUGACCACUUCAGAAAUGUAUUACAGCACUUUGCAUACAUUUAACACAGUAUUAAUGUGGAGUUACUUUAAGUGUAAGUGUUGAAACAGUUGCAGUACUCCUUAAUAACAUGGCUUCCUAUGUAACAAUAUUUCCGGUUUGGCAUUGCCAUAAAUGAAAAAAAGAUCAUGUUAGAGCUCAAGUUAAGUCAGUACAAAUUAAAAAGUAAUUUGAAAAUACACAUUUUUAACCAGCAUGUACGGUGAGGUAAUGGAGUUAAAGUUGUGUUUUUUUUAAUGCAAUUCUCCACUCAUUUCACACCCACCUUUCUCUUUUGAUAGUCAUACCAAACUCCUUUCAAAAAUCUGCCGAUUUAUGUGCCCUUUUGACAUGACUUCUGAAUACCCCAUGAGAAAAUGUGUUUCCCAUAUAUAUUCAUCAUGGACGUUUUGCUUCAAGCAGCAGGCUUGUGACAACAGUCUUCCUCCAAAAUGUUUCCUGAAAUUGAACGUUGAAACUGAACAAGGAGCCGCUUGCUGAUCCAGAUGUACAUUAUGUCGGCAGAUUGAUACGAAUUCCAUAAAGCGCAGAUUUUUUAAUGCAGUUUGGCACAAUUUCGCCUCAGUGCGAGAGAAAAUUACACACACUGAGCAGAGAAAUUUUAUUAGGUUAGAGGUUUAACGUUGACAAGAGAUUUUCAGCGAGUAUUGUAGUAGAUGUCCCACAAGUGCCUUUUUUAUGUUUUUGUAAAGAAAUGUACGACAUGGCUAGAAAGUGCGUACUGCGUACUAAAAUAAUGCAUGAAUUACUUGACUAAAUCAGCACAGACUAAUUGUACGCAUAACAGUCAGUUUUGAAACUGCCAAUUAUCUGCAGCCAUCUUUAUACUGUAUGCCCAAGUCAUGCUUCCCUGCAUCCUCUGUAGGCCAGAUUAAUUUUUGUAUAUUAAUCAAUGUAAUAAAGUAGUGAUUAUUCUA